AUGCCCGGGUCACGCGGCACGGCGUCUGGAGGAAGGCAGACCUGUUCAAAGGCAACAAUUGCUGUGAUGGGAGCCUCUUUUCCGCGGCACUAUAAAAGCGAGAGAGAAGGGGGAAAAAGUCCGCGGCCCAGUCUGAACUCUCCGACUUGUCCUGUUCAAACGACUGAAUCUCGCACCAGACUUCACGUCCAUGGACACGAAGAGACAACCAUCAAAGCCAUCAACAAGACAUACUCAAAUCCAUCAAUCAACCAUCCUCAAGACAAAAUGCCGGCGACCCUGGUCAAGUGCCCCGUGUGUGGCAUUGUCUACGCCUCCACGCAGCCCGGCUGCCCCUACGCGAGCUGCCACUAUAGCAUGCAUUCGCCGCCACCGACUAAGCCGGCACCAAAGCGCAAGCCAGACAUGGGCACCAAGUCCCUCUGCUAA